CAGAAUUAUUGCCUCUUACUUGAAUACACCUGCUCCGUAUCAGGAGUCGCAAUCACUAUACGAUAAAACAGAGGCGCAUGGACAACUAGUUGGAAAUCCACAGCUCAACCGGCCGGGGGACAAUCGUUACUGCUUGCAACUAUUCCGCCAGGCGCAUCGCGGUUUUGCGGCGUCACCAUGUCCGCUGGUGGUGAACGUUCUUGGUUAUUGCGAACAUGGCCAGCACAAGUCUGACGUCUUUGGCCCUGACCCCGGAUCCGAGCUUCAAUUGGUUCUUCCUUCUGGAGCUGAUUGUCUCCUGCAUUCUCGUGCUCUUCUUCCUGCUCUACUUCAAUCGGCUCUUUGCGACCCUCCUCUCCUACGGAAUCCGUGCAUAUACCUGGCAUUACUACCGCGCCUAUGUCGACAUCCGGGCUCUUCAGAUCUCACCUCUGGGUGGGCGGAUUUUUUUCAAAGGCAUUCGAUACCAUGGUGUGAAUGAGACGAUCUUUGUACAUGGUGGAUUCAUCACAUGGCAGUACUGGCAACGCACUGUGAGACAGACAGACGUGACGGGUCUACAAUGCGAUGGUCAAACAGCGGAAGGCGCACAGAAAUCCGGGCUUGCUGGUAAUGCCGGUUGCAAAAAUGACAGCGGAGAACAAGGCGGGCCAAAGAAUGCGGACUCCCUUCCUUGUCGCAUUACGGCGAAGGUGUAUGGUCUCGAGUGGUUUAUAUACAAUCGAGCUCCAGCCUACGAGGGUAUCCUAGCUGGCUUCAAUCCAUCCAACUCGUCUCCUUCUGCUACCAAGCCACAGUAUCCUGAGAGUGACACACUGGAUCCGAAUUUGAAGGAUGGUAAUUUAGGCUCAUCCGUGCCUGGAUCUGCUCGCGGCGAUAGUCAAGAGAGGCCGGGUACGGCUGAAUCGCAGAAUCCGCCUGGGUCGGAGCAGGAAUUAGGUAGCGGCGUGGCUCGAUUUCUUCGACUUCUUCCCAUAAGGUUGGAAUGCGACAAAGGUGCCAUUGUCAUGGGAAAUGAGCACACGAGAUCGGUCUUAACGACCACUUUUGACAGUGCCACCGGUCUGAUUGAGGCGUGCAAUGCUGGGCCGCUCGACUUGUACCGACAGGUGUUCUCCUUCAAUUUCAGCCACCCUGUGAUUCAAAUGCGUCCAAACCCAGAUUUCAAACAGAACCAGCUGGCUGCCGCGAAGAGUCUCGGUUCAGCCCAAGAAGACCAAGUCGGGGCGAAGCGCAAGCGAAAUACCAUCUUCAAUUACAAGUUGCAAAAACGCCGAGUCUGGCACAGCAUUCGCGAUCUGAUUCCCUACUUUCAAAAAUCAGUAGAAUCGUUCCAUGUGCAUAAGAAGCAUACAGAUUCCGGACCUAGAACCUCAACUGAAUUAGGCAGUGAUACGCGCUGGGUCGGACUUUCACGGUACCUGGAUGAAAGCGCGCAAGAUGACCAUGAGGAGUGGAGUCCCGUCGAAUACGGUCGAUAUUCGACGAUUCUUGACAGCCCUGGGAUGGCCGUAGCUUACUACUGGGACGUGCCCGGGUACGUCAAAACCUGCCCGCCGCUGGAAAAUUCGUCACCUCCAGAUGCGACAUGGAGAAUCAACAGCGGCCCGCCGCCAGAAUGGGGCAUAGAUGUCAAGAUCAAUGGUGGCACCAUCAAUUAUGGUCCCUGGGCUGACAGGGAACGAGUGGGUUUGCAGAAUGUGUUUUUCCCUAACGCUUUUCGAAGCGCGGAGCCGUCUGAGCCUCUGAGCCCUGGGGUUCCGAGGAUGACUACGGUGUUCACCCUACGAGUCGAAAUCAAUGACGAGCUUACGCUGCGAAUUCCUACUCGGGAGCCAUCGAAAGACUGGCAGUGGAAAGGCCGUGCAGACGCAAUAAAGGGUGUCUCUAAGCUCAGAAAACAGAACAGUAGGAGGCAGUCGCGUGGUGCAGAAGGUGAAAAAGGUCAUGUUGGUCCUGAUAGACGACCUUUUGGGUGGUUGUCACUCGUUGUGGCUGGUGACUCGACAAUUCGCUACAAGAUGGAUAUGUUAGCUUCUGUUUCAGGAUUUCAGAGCCAGCUUGACCUUGAUCUCCGAGGCACCAAGCUGAUGUCCAGUGUCAAUCAUGCAUUGCUGUGGCAAUGUCCAAAGCAACUGAUCACUUGUGACUUAUCUGUCCCUCUCUCCUGGAAUAGCAUCCGUACCUGGAGAUUCGAUAUUCAUAGCCAUGACAUGGAGCUCUUCCUCCUGCGAGACCACAUCUUCCUCCUGACUGACCUGGUUUCCGAUUGGGCAUCCGGGCCACCUCCGGAAUACUGCACUUUUGUCCCGUUCAUCUACAAGAUUGGCUUGUCUUUCUCGAACUUCCAGUUGUUCUUGAAUGUCAACGACAUGAAUAUUGUGAACAAUCCAUCUGACUUGGACGACAACCGCACGUUAGCCAUCAAGGGCGAGAGCUUGAGCGCCGACGUGACGAUUCCUCUGAACAAGUAUAGACCUGAGGAAAAUGCGAUUUCUUUCAAAGUAAAUCUUGAGGAUGCUGGUAUUGAUUACUUGACCCCUGUCUGGGAUACUAUGCACGCUUUCCUAGCGAACAAAUCAACCGCUGCGCUUGAGAAGCUGACUAUUGACGGUGUCUACAACUAUUAUCUCACUACAUCUUCGAAUCUGGUGGACACCCUAGUACUGAACAUUGACGGCUUUUCUCCCAAGCUUUACCUCUUUGGCUUCCUGAUUCGGUCCUUCAUGGCCAUCAAGGAAAACUAUUUCGGCGAGGAAAUGCACUUCAAGACGCUAGAGGAGUACCAGGAGCUCGCUUACCCACACGAAGAUGUCGCAACUCGGACGGCGAACAAUCCUCACAGAAAUACGAAUGACCUUGACGUGAUUGUGCACGUUACUGUUGACAGUCCCUGUGCUCUUCUCCCAGAGAAUAUCUAUGAUGUAUCAAGUUGCAUAAAGCUUACAGCAGCAUCUUUGGAGGCAGACCUACGAUUUACCAACUAUUAUAUGGAUCUGCAAUUCUCACUUGCCCCGCUGAAAGCAGCUUUAGAACCCAACAGGUCUGCGGAUACGCAGACCAUAUCAGACACGCAGGUGUUCAUUGACGGUGUGACUGUUUAUGGCCAUCGUUUGUUUGGUCUCCCCCCUGCAGAGCCAACUUAUGUCUGCAACUGGGACUUUGAUGUCGGCCGUAUCAUCGGGGAAUGCUCAACAAAUUUCCUUGGCUGUUUGGCUAGGGCGCUAAAGAGCUUCGACUUUUCCUUUGACAACGAGGAGAACGCUCUUCCUCUGCUUAACCCGUUGCAGCUCCAUGAUGUUACCUUCCUACGAGCUAAGAUUGAGGCAAUUCAUAUUUCCAUACUCUUGGACAAGGCCGCUUUACUCCUGAGCACUGGUAAUGUGACAACCAGGUUCAAUGACUGGGCGAACACAGAAUUCUCAAAGCGGAUGACGUUGUCCGUCCCUGACCUUUCGGUUACUGCCAUUGAUUACAAUUCUCUGAACCAACCUGGAAGCUCAAUUCAACAAACAGUAGCUCCUAUCGCUCUUCUCGAGUCGACUUUGAACAUCAGGAUGGUGCAGCAAAAGGCCGAUUUUGAUGGAACCCGCAAGUUGCAACAGGAACAUGUUAAGCUUCAUGAUCGAAGAACGCAACGCACUCCUUGGUUGAUUUUUGAUUGGGAAGACAUUGAACCUCGUUCACUACAGGUGAGUGGGGAAGAGUUGUCAGCUCCAACGAUCGCUAUCCCUACCAUGCCUGAACCAGUCACAAGGUAUCGCAGUGCUGGCGGUGGCCUGUCCUCAUUGCGUCGGCUUUCAGCAACAGGGAGCAACCGUAGCUUCAGGAGCUUUUUUGUGUCCUCUGACAUAUCAAGCACAAAGAGCGGCCGCAGACAACAUUCCCACAGUACAACUCCCCUAGGAUUCCAGUUUGAGGAGAGAAAGGAUCAUAAUUCUUCUCGAUCAACAGUACUUGCCAGGGAUAUCGACCUUAUGCACGUCGGCCAGAAUUGUUCUGAAGCUGCUUCUACUGAUUACGUUGAUCCGUCGAACCCCUGGUCAAUACCAGCGUUCUCGUUUCACAAAUUGAAGUUCGAUACUUCCCAGUUACCUCUACGACCCGUUUCUCCAGGUAGCUCGGUUCAGAGUGACUACGCUGAUGAUAAGACUGGCCAUCCCUUUUCACCCGGCAUUGAUGAGUCAACACACACAAAUCUUGCCAUAGACUUGCCCCAAGGCAUCAGGGGCUUUUGCUUUCCUGAAUUUCUCCACGUCGCAGCUUCAUUGGUCGAGAGACUACAGCCUAGUCAUCCUAGUGCUAUCAUUGAUUCUCUCCAGAAAGACAUCGUUUCAGACAUCGUGACGUACGAGAAGUCAAUGAAGAGUCCACGAAAAUGCACAAGCAUUGCCAUUAGAGCACCUUGUUUGCUUGUCAAUCUGAUUAAUCCGAACACCGCUGUCACUGACGACUUUAGCUUUCAGGAUGAGUACAACCUAGUGGUUUCGCAUUUAAAGACAGAGAUUAGGACGAAGGUUGAGAGGCGGAAGGGGGAUCUUGUAACAGGAGUCAACCAGACUCUGACCGUACAUGUGGCUGCAGACGGGCUCUCAGUUUCAGUCCAGGGUAGUCGCGUUGAUGCACACCAGGAGAAGGCAGAACUAGCCUGCAUGCUCAGCGAUAUGAACUUCUGGCUCGUGACGGGGACUGUGCAAAGGUCUAACUUUCAAGUCAGAUCCUUCGAAACUGUGACUUCGACCAAGUCUGUGGAGCAUCUCGCUUCCCUAGUCCGCAGAACAACGACAAUGGUUGACUCUAUUGCAUCAUCUUUCAAACAUAGCAUUUCGCUUAGCGAGAGGCGACUGCGUUACCUUGUUUACUUCCUCACUCAACAGGCAGCUGACGUUCCCGAUCCCUCUUUUCUCAUCCGCAUUUCAAAUGUGCUCAGAGUGGCGCGAACUCACUUGCGGCAGCAUGACUCUUGGAAGAUUAUCUCACGUCUGCGCAACGUAUACAAGCACUUGCCAUCUGAACAAGCGUGUACCUUGAUUCGAAAAUGCUUGCAUGGCGAUUUUGAGCUUCCAUCCAAUGCUAAAGACCUAGUGUUGUCAAGCUUCGACCAAUGGCGAGCGUGGGAUCUAGCGCAUGUCGAAAAAAGUUAUGUGAUGAGAAGCGUGUGGAACAGCUUUGAGCCUGACACUCCGACGGCAACAGCCGCUAUGCUAUUUUCCUCUACAGUGAAAUUGUUCCGUAUUUCCAUUGACCCUGGUCCUCGAGAAAGCGAUUUCGUGAUAGAGGAUAUGGCGACCGCUGUCUCACUCGACGCACCGAGAGACAGUCUACCUGCCGGACGCGACGAUCGGAGAGAACUGAUUAUCGUGCAAUCUUACUGCUCUUCGUCCAGUCUCCGUUUACGUUGGGAAAUUCUCGACCUCGUGGAAGGGGUUCUGAAAACCAUGUCAACCGUGACACUCGAGUCCGCACCACCGGCACCGAAGCCUGAACAUAGCCCGAACCCCAUCGAGCUACAGCUCGUUCUCGGGGCUGACUUAGGGUCGGUGACGCUCGAUGGUAUCAAUGUCAAACUAGCGCUGGCUGGCAAGGCGCUCAGAAGCUCGCUUGUCCAUAAGUCUAGGAGUUCAGAGUCUGCUGAAACAACAAGCUUGUUGUUGAGCUCCAGCGCUUGCUACUCUGAAUUUUCCAGCAACUCUAAAGUACUGAUGAUGUGGAAACUCACCGACCCACAUAUAUAUGGCUCUCGUGUGUCGGAGGAGACCGGGUCUGUAGUGACUAACGAAUGGAUGGUCGCCGCAUCCUGCAGAAAGCUUCGCUACGACAUGAAAGAAGAUCCGCUCAGCCUUGCACACAUAGCUGAUCGACUCAUAGAGGAUGAGGUUCGAUUCAUUUAUGAGCUUGUCAACAGCGUGGAGUUCCCGACUCACCAACAGGGCCCUUCAGAUUCGAUGGGGUUGGUGCGUAACAAGUUCCAUGUCGCAGUAUUCCUGGACGACUAUCGUUUGAGUUUCUGUAUCCUACCGUCGCUGACGUAUAUCAUCUCUGGCGAGGUGGCGCGAACCUCUAUAAUGCCCAAACAAGGAUCUAAGAUGGAGAUUGACUUCGACUUGAAGAGAAACCUUCACACUUUCCAAUCAAACGAGGGCGGUCAAUGGCACUCUUUAUCGGUGAUCGAGAUCCCCCCCAUCAACGGCCGGAUCAUUGCGGAUCUUGCACCAGGCCGCACGGAAAUGGAAGUGGAUGUGACCAUCGAAGUCAUUCAACUUGAGGCCAGCGCUGUGCGGAGUCUACUGGGCGCAUUGACAAGGCCAGAAUUCUCACAUCUCAUGAGUGAUCUCAAACAGAAUGUGGAGAUUUUACAGCUUCAUCUAAAUCAUGUGCUUGCACUCAGAAAAUCUCCACCCGAGCGGAAAGACUCUUCUAACGAACAUAUUAUUCUUUACAAGGCACGCAUGACAAUGGCAGGGACCAAAAUUCAUGCGACAGCGCCAGCGCUCAACGGCAACCAUUAUUCUGCUGAUCUGGACAUCCGACUCGGUAUGGUCCGCCUACGCCUGGACAACGGCUUGGAGGCUGGGCACCCAAUGGAGUAUCCCGAAUUUCACGUUGACUCUUCGAACCUAAGCUUGGAUUUGAAGAAAAAAGAGUCUUCAACAAGCCACUCAUACUGUAGCUUUAAUGUUGACGCAAGACUUCAAGGAACAUCUAUGAAGCGCGACAACGGCGAAUUGAGACGGGUGUUUCAUCUGAGUAGCACCAAGUUCAAUGUCGAUCUAUUCCCUGAAAGUGCCGCGUUGCUGGUUGACUUAGCUGCACAUCUCCAAGAGCGCAUCAAGACCUUGGACCUUUCGCAUGAAGUGAAACGCUUCAAGAAGCUACGGCGUCGAGGGCAUACAGAAGCGGAACGGAAGUCUUUGGAGAUUCCUCGGAUAGAGGUAGACGAUACCAGUGCCUCCGGCGAACUCUUCAAUGCUGUAUACUCUUUGGACUUCCAUAAUAUUCAGCUUGGAUGGAACAUGAUUACAAUGUCUUCUGGAGUGCCAGACAACAAGUUGGCUGACUUGGUAUUCUCUAUCAAGCGGAUCGAGCUGUCCAACAAGAAGACGAAUGCUGCCAAGCUUCGAAUUGAAGACAUGCAGCUACAGAUGGUACCAGUCCACGGUAAUAGACGGAAGCGCUCACUGAACUCGGCGCUACUACCGGAGUUGGUCUUUAACGUUGCGUACGCAUCUGCGGGCAAGGAAGUUCGACUGGCUUUCCAGGCUGCUGGAAAAUCACUGGAUUUGCGAGCUACUUCGGAAUUCAUACUCCCAGCAAGCAUCAUACGCGAUUCCAUCGCCUCUGCUGUUCGGACCAUACGAGAGGCCAAUAACAUACUGGUCUCGAAGCCGUCCGGAGACAGUGUGAAGUUGCGUCCCAUCUUUGGUAACAAACGCUUUCGCUCUGUGCUAGUUGAUGUUGACUUCGCUGGAGCUACUGUAUCUCUUCAGGGAGAAUAUACAGAUGACCAUCAGACAAUGCUGACUGCAAGUCUGAAAGGGAACCAGCUUCCUCAUUCCACUUAUGGUCAGUAUGUUCAUGGAGAUGGCAUAGCCACGGCAACUUUCAAGGCUCCAGGAGUGGCCUUGAAAGUGCUGUACGAGGAUAAUGGCUGCAACGACCCGGCUCUUAAUGCGGAAUUGAAGGUUGAUGCCUCGACGAAUGUGCUUUAUCCUAGUCUCGUUCCCCUAGUCAAACAGGUAACAACGACCAUCAAAGAGGUCAUGGGAGACCAUCCAAGGGCCAGACGGCCUUCGAAUACGGUGAUGCUACAACCGCAGAAGCUGAUGUCAGAGACUCCUCUUGCUCCUACAGAUCCAGGAUCAAUUCUAGGCCGUUGCAAAUUGAACAUUGGAAUCUUAAUUUGCAGACAGGAGUUUAGCUUAAGCUGCCAGCCUAUAGCUCGUGUGGCAGCCACUACGCAGUUUGACAGUGUCUAUGUCACAAUCAACACGGUACAGUCUGAUGAGCAAGAACGAUUCAUAGCUCUUCUGGUGGCUUUCAACUCGUUGCAAGCAUCCGUGAAACAUGUCUACUCCAACGAGUCGACUGCGAGGUUCGAGGUCAAGUCUAUGGUCAUGUCAAUUAUGAAUAGCAAGCAUCUCGGGAGCUCAAAGGGCAUUUCAGCCGUUCUUCGAGUCAGUCCCAUGAACGUCGUCCUCAACGCCAAGCAGGUGCAAGAUCUCCUGCUCUUCCGCGAGAUUUGGUUCCCAUCCAACGAUGACAUUAAUCCCGGACCAGCUCUCCAAUCGCAAUCUCAAGACACGCAAGCCUAUAUCGUGCAAAGGUACCAACAAGUUGCUGCGGCUCCUGCCUUUCCUUGGAAUACCACGAUCGCAAUUGAGAAGCUGGAGAUACAAUUGGACCUGGGAUCGACGUUGGGCAAGGCUCAGUUCGCUAUCAAUGACCUCUGGCUGUCAACUAAAAAGACAUCCGAAUGGGAACAGAUUCUCUGCGUCAGCUUCAACACUGUGGGGAUUGAGAGCAAGGGCCGGAUGAGCGGUCUGGUCGAAUUACAGACUUUGAAAGUUCAUACCUCGAUCAAUUGGCCCCACGACCAGCAGGGCAAUGGAACCCCACUCAUCCAAGCGUCCAUUUCAUUCGGCCAAUUGGAUGUCAAAGUCUCUUUCGACUACCAGCCAUUCCUUAUCGCUCACAUUUCUCGCUUCGCGUUCUUCAUGUACAAUGUUCGGCCCACGGCAGAUGAGUCUAACGAGCGACUGUUCAGUAUCCUCCAUGGAGAUCAGGUGCAGGUAUUUUGCACAAGCAUGACUGCCUCUCAAGCCUUGGCUUUAUUCCAAGCGUGGCAGCGACUCGCACAAGAUAAACAAGCAGCAUACGAAGCGUCCUUGCAAGAUGUCGAGCGGUAUCUACGCCGAAAGACUUCCGUAUUCUCAGAGAAGCCCGAGGCUAGCUCAAAGGAAAUCUCUAAGCCUCCAGAGGAGGAAGCGGAGGAGGCACCUAUUUCGCUGCACACAGGCGUAGUUGUGAGUCUCAACGUGGUGACCAUGGGCGUCUUCCCGCGCUCAUUCUUCGACAACCAUGUCUUCAAGCUGGAAGCACGGGAUGCGCAGGCUCGGUUUGACGUCUCCCUCGACCAGGGCAAAAUACAUAGCGCACUUGGUCUCACACUCGGCCAGCUGCGGGUGGCUCUUUCGAAUGUUGUUCGGUCUGGUCCCAUGGAAGCAGAGGAAAUGCUUCUGGUUAGUGAGAUUGGCAGCCGUGUCACCGGUUCUCGAGGAGGCACGAUCCUCAAGGUGCCGCGACUUGUGGCUCGAAUGGAGACCUGGCAGUUUCCAGGGUCCCAGCAAAUCGAGUAUAUCUUCCAAAGCACGUUCGAAGGGAAGGUUGACGUUGGCUGGAACUACUCCCGCAUCAGUUUCAUCCGGGACAUGUGGGAAUCGCAUUCGCGCGCGUUGGCCUCCCGCCUCGGCAAGCCGCUGCCUCCAUCGGCGGUCCGCAUCACGGGGGCGCUGAAUGGUGAAGGCGGCGGCGAUAAGAGUGAGUCGCAGGAGAAGAUCACGGCGGUGGUCAAUGUGCCGCAGUCGAAGUAUAGCUAUGUGGCGUUGGAGACGCCGGUGAUCGAGACGCCGCAGCUGCGCGACAUGGGCGAAGCUACCCCACCAUUGGAAUGGAUUGGGCUUCAACGGGACAAGCUGCCCAAUAUUACGCAUCAGAUUAUCAUUGUCACCCUUCUGGAGCUUGCGAAGGAGGUGGAGGAUGCAUAUGCAAAGAUAUUGGGAUCAUCGUGAUGCCCCGCAAAUUUCCUAAGCAUACAUGUCGAUGUGAACGGGGAGUAGGUGGUAUCUGUGCUGAUUGCAGGGGAGAAGUCAAGGACGUGCUUGUUUGGUGCAUGCCCGUAGCUGG